AUGCAAAUUAGGUUUGAAAAAGCCGCGGGAAAUCUGAGUUUCGCGGGAGGCAUUACGCGCGUAAAGUGUCUCCCUUCAUUCAUCGUCAGCUUCCUGGAGCCAUUUUCAGAGCUUGGGGCUGUUUUCAGGACUUUUAAAUCCUUCGCAUCUGCCCCUCCCCGCCUUCAAUAUCCUGCCGUGACCAGGUCUACGGCCACUGGGGUCUGAGCCCACUUGGCACCUGGGGCUAUUUUAUUCUUUCCCGAGGAGGCCGACCGAAUAGAUUAAGAAUAAUCCAACGGGGAGUUGCCGAGUCUCGGAGACCGGCCCGAAGUUGCGAGACAUGCGGAAAGGAAUCCAGCCCGUUCCGGCCAGAGCGUCUGCUGGAGCCGGGGCGGCGCCGGAGAGGACGGCGGCGGCUGCCGGCUUGUUCAGCGCCUUGGCCGCCAACGGCAGCGCGCCGGGCAAGAGCGCCGGUGCUGGCAGCCCCGGGGUCCGGCUCUUGACGCAAACGGCGGCGGCGGAGGGCUGCUCGACUCCCCGCGGGGCGGCCGGGAGGACGGGGCUGGCGCCGGCCACACCGGGCAGGACUCCGGCAAAGAGAAGAUUGGAAUUAGAUGAAAGUGAUCAUCAGUACCUGGCUACUGAUAUAUGUACUCCAAAAGGAAAAGGAAGGGGUACAAUGAGAAGCCCCAGUAGUCCAAGAACUCCCAGGUCCCCAUCAGAGAAGACUCGCUACAACACUUCUCUGGUUCCCCUCACGAAGAACGUCAUUCAGCUCUUGGGUCAAUCCCCAGACGGCGUGUUGGAUUUGAACAGAGCUGCAGAGGUCUUGAAUGUGCCAAAGCGAAGAAUCUACGACAUUACUAAUGUGUUGGAGGGUAUUCAUCUCAUUGAAAAGAAAUCCAAAAAUAACGUUCAGUGGAUGGGCUGCAGCCUGAUAGACAAGGAUGGUCUGCUGAAACGAUGCCAGGGUCUCAACCGGGAGGUUGCAGAACUUAGCCUGAAGGAGAAGAAGUUGGAUGACUUGAUCCAGAGUUGCACCUUGGACCUCAAAAAGCUGACGGAGGACUCUGAAAACCAAAGAUUAAAUUAUGUAACAUAUCAGGACAUCAGAAAGAUCCAGAGCUUUAAGGGCCAGGUGAUAAUAGCUGUGAAAGCUCCUCCUGAAACCAGGCUUGAAGUGCCUGAUCCUUAUGAUAAAUUGCAGAUACAUUUGUUAAGUUCGAGGGGGCCUAUUGAAGUUUAUUUGUGUCCAGAUGAUUCUGCAGCAUCAAGUAGUCCAUUGAAGACCAGCAGCAAGGAACAUUCUAGAAGUAUUUCUCAGUUGCGUGUGCGAGAUUUUGACAUUUCUAAUGGGAUGCAGCAUGACGAUGAUUCGGGUUCACAAUUUUCUCACCUUUCACCUUUGAGCUCAUUGAAUAAUCUUUUGCAACAAACUGAAGAUCAGAUUUCAACACCUAUGGAAGAGGAAGGACUGUUUGUAAAUUUGUCUCCGUCAGUGCCUCAGGAAGAUUACCUGUUAAGCAUUGGUGAUAAAACAGGAAUCAGUGACCUGUUUGAUUGUGAUGUUGAUAGGUUUUUCUCAAUGGAAGGUUUUAUGUUAAGUAAUUAAGUGCCCUUCAAUAUUGAAUAAUUGUUGAUAUGGACCUAAAAAACUCAAUGCAAGGUUGGGUACUGGUGAGUGAUGAAUGGAAAUCUGUCAUUACAGAGAUAGUAAUAGAACUUUUUGCUGGUAAAACCACAACCAGAUGUGUUGAACUUAAUAGUCUAUAUGGGUACUGAAAUGAUUUACUAUUGAUAUUUUAUAUAAAUUAUGUAUUAGCAUGAAAUGAAACUUCACUAUCAAUCAUCAUUUUUGUCUGAAUGGUGAUUUUUGUUUUGCCUUGGACAUGCACAGUGUAAUUUUCACUGUUCGAACACGUUCAAAUCCUGGUUAGCAUUUUGACCAGAGUCUUCCGAGGGUGAAUAAAUAAGCUGUUGAAAUUCUUUUAAUGGAGUGAGUGAGGUGUAUAAAUGUGUGUAAGAAAACUAUCUGCAAGAAAGGACUACUGGCAAAUGCUUGUUAUGUGGUUGUGCUUGAAUGUACUGAUGUCAGUAUGUGUGGACUGGUAAAUCUGCUUUAAUGCUGUGUCUGUGGGGACGAAAAGAAUGCUUAGAUGGGAAUAAAUCAAAAUUUAAAAACAACUGCAGGUAUGUUUUUUGUUUGAAAAUCAAAAACCUGCAAAUGUUGGAUAUCUGGAAUAAAAACAAACCUGCUAGAAAAACUCAGCAGGUCAGACAGUAUGUGUGUGGAGAGGGAAACAGUUGACGUUCCAAGUUCAAGACUUUUAGAUGAGAUUUCUUUAAUGUCUUGGAAAAAUUCAUAUUCACAAUUGUAGUAAUAGCCUGUAACUGCAUUUUCCACUCAUUUCUUUGUGACCUGCAUUUCCCACACACCAUCCCCACCACCCCCUCUCCACUGACUUGUCAAAAGCAUAUUGUCUGAUGGUUGAUGCUGAGAUGUUCCUUCACUGUUGGCACUCAACAUGGAGAACUUUUAGUUUCCUGUUAUACUAUUGUGCUUGAGGUGCCACUUGCCAAGUAAUUGACAACUAUCUUCUUGCUGAACUGAAUUCUCCCUAGUUCAAGUGUGUGUGGACUCGUAGAAUUUAUGGUUUGGAUUUGACUAACUGUUCAAAAAUAGGACCCUGAUGUAACAAGUUAAAAUGUGCUGCUGCUUCACCCUUUCCAAUGUGUAUAAUGCAUUUUCAAUGUUAGAUGUUUUGGUCUUGAAUUCUUGGAUUAAGUUGGACCAGGAACCUGGUUGAUUUCUGUUAACCAAUGUCAUGUUGUUAUGCUUUAAAAAUGGUUGUAUAGUUAACCUGACUUGUGUUGAGGAACCCUCUACUGUAAUAAUUCUUCCAAGUCUUUGGCCAUGUGAUUUCAAGCUGGACGUUGUCAUAUUGGCAUGGUGUUGAUCCAGUUAAUCAGAUCUUCAUUCCCUAGAGGAACAAUAAAUGCAGCUACUGCAGAUGCAGACACAAAUGUGCUGGGUGGGGGGGAUAGUGUGAAAAGAAAAUGAGUUGCCUGAUAUCUUGGUAAGUGCAGUGUCUACUGAAGAACCACUUUUUUUAUCUGAUCAGAUUUAUGUACUUGAGGUUUGAAUGUGAGACAAUAAAGUGCAACUGAAUGCAAAAGUUGCACAUGAACAAGUUGAUGCCUUUGGGAUUGGAGAACUGGAAGUCUAGUAUGAUGUAUGGACUUUGCCAUAUAUCAAAAUUAUGCUUCAGAUUGUGAAAUCUUUCUUUCACUACGUUGAUUGGAAAAGGAGAUGGAGUCUGUAUUGAAUAAGAAUGUGCUGUUUAAUUUGGGUACUUGGGCACAUCAAGUCUGAAAAUACUAUGACAGUACCAUAUACAGGGAUUGAGGAGGAGGGAUAUUGACCUGGUUCCUGCUCCUGAUUGCACUUCAUUGUAGGGAACUUGCCUUUGUGUGGAUGAUGGAGCUAAAGAUAGCUACACACAAAUUUGUUUAACCCUUUAGUCCUGGCCCUACUCACCCCCCAGCUGAUUUCUUUUGUUAUAUUAAUUUUGCAUAUGAUGAUCAUUUCCUUUGUUGCUAUUAAUAAUUGUGAAAUAUUUUGAAGGAGCCAAGAUUUCAAUGGCUGUUCCAAAAGACCUUAAGUUAACCUACUGUACCUACUUUUUACAAGUUUAACUACCUGACAUCAAUUGUUGACAAGUCCCUUGGUGGUAGUAGUAAAUUGUGCUCAUCCUGUGAAGCUAUCAGAUUGGCAUGCUUUGCACUAACCCUAGAAAGGUAGGCAUACAGCAUGGAAACCAGACACCCUUUGUCCCACUGAGUCCACGGAGACCAUCAAACAUCUAGUUGCUCUAAUCCCACUUUAUUUUCCCUGCAUUUCUGUCAUCAUUCCCCUUGCCCCCCUUCCCCCAAUUCUAUUGUUCAUGUGCAUGCAGGACAAUUUAUUGUGGACAAUUAACCUCUCAAUAAGCACAUUUUUUGGAUGUGUGAAGUCACUGGGAGAGUGUACAAAUUCCAGAGGCAGCACCUGAGUUCAGGAUUGUACCUGGGUCACUGGAGCUGAGGCAGCAACUCUACUAGUUAGGCCACUGUGUUGACCCUAAAGUAUGCCAUAACCUUCACUAGAUGCAGAAUGUGUUGAUUUUAAAUUCUUAUGUGGACUGUUCAGAAUGAAGGCAUACAAAUGGAUUUAUAUCAAUGUAUCCUGUGCUUUAGUAAAUGCCAAAAAAAAUUCCACCAUCUUCAAUUCUUCUGCUGUGGAAUCAACAUUUUCUGCUAACCUCAAAAGCCAUGAUAUUUGGUACUGGCACACUAUUGCUUUUGACUAGUUUAAAAAUGUUAAAAUUGCUUGUGUAAAAACAAGUGAUUUUAUUCUGUCAAUAAUUUAAUAUCUUGAUUCUCCCACCAUUGCAACUUUGCAUGUCACACUGAUCACCUGUGACUUGAGGCUUAAGGCCCUAGCACUAAAGCUGCAAGUCCUUUCUUUAGGCAAAGUCUUUGGCUGCUUAUGAUCUGUGUAGUAGCUGCAUGUGCUUCUGCCUAUUCUUUUGAAACUACUGAAUCCAAACAAGUUCUAUAUUACUGUAUUAUCCAAAUGGAUAUUCAUCAUGGACAUUUUGAAUAUCAAAUUUGCAGUUAUCUUGAGUAAUUUGGACAAUGUUGUCCGUAAGUACCUUAAACUGUGGUGCUGGUUUGAUUUUUUUUUUGGUCUGCUAACCACAAAACAAUGAUUUAUUGAAAUACACAAAUGGUAAACUUUACAAUUCUGUCCAAAAAUAUUUUGGGUUCUGAUGCCUGUAGACAUGUUUCACUUUGAAGAAAUGCCCAGAAUCUUGGGUGCCUUUUGCUUGCUUUUUUUUUUAAUUGGAUUGUUCCUCCUGAAGCUGUACGGUCAGAAUCCAAUGUCUUUGAAACUGUAAAUGUGUACAGAAAGAUCAAUGUAGGACUGUAUAAAGGAAUUAAAAGCAUAAAUAAAAUAUUCAGCACUGACUCUUGUGAAUACAAAUUAUGAAAAGGAUUAUCUAUAUUCUAUUUAAAGACUGCAGCCUUCAGUAAUAUUCAUUGUUCUGCUUCUUUGCACAUGUUUAUCCACCACCAAUGCAUUUUCUUGAUUUUUUUCUAAACUUGAGGUGGAUGCUGCCACUUUGUACCCUUGCAAAGUUUGGUUCAAUAUUUUUCAAGAAAAGAUACUGAUUAACCUUUGAGAUGGAUGCUGGUUUAAAGAUUUGUACAUAGCAUUUAUGAAGUGUGCAUCACACGUUAAACUUGCAAAAUACCAGCACAAUUCUAAAUUGUGGUAGUACAUUGAACAUGUUUAAACUUUCAAGCUUUGUGAAAAAGAUUCCCUUGAAUUUCUAAUGUUUAAAUUUAGAUGAGUGUAAAUAAAAUAUUUGAAUUU